CCCCCCUCAUAUCCUCAUCUACAAUGGCUACCACCAAGGCCCCCGAGAAGAACUUCGCCCUCGACUUCCUCAUGGGAGGUGUCUCUGCCGCCGUGGCAAAGACAGCCGCUGCUCCCAUUGAGCGUGUCAAGCUUCUUAUCCAGAACCAGGACGAGAUGAUCAAGCAGGGACGUCUUGCCAGGAAGUACGACGGUAUCGUGGAGUGUUUCUCCCGUACCGCCCGUGAGGAGGGUGUCAUUUCCUUCUGGCGUGGAAACACAGCCAACGUGCUGCGUUACUUCCCCACACAGGGUCUCAACUUGGCCUUCAAGGAUUACUUCAAGAAGAUGUUUGGCUUCAAGAAGAACGACGGCUACUGGCCAUGGUUCUUUGGAAACCUUGCUUCCGGUGGUGCUGCCGGUGCCACUUCCCUUCUCUUCGUCUACUCCCUCGACUACGCACGUACCCGUCUCGCCAACGACGCAAAGUCCGCCAAGAAGGGUGGUGAGCGUGAGUUCAACGGUCUCGUGGAUGUCUACCGCAAGACCCUCAAGUCUGAUGGUAUUGCUGGUCUCUACCGUGGUUUCGGUCCUUCCGUCGCUGGUAUCAUUGUUUACCGUGGUCUCUACUUCGGUCUCUACGACUCCAUCAAGCCUGUCAUCCUUACUGGUUCGCUCGAGGGUAACUUCUUGGCUUCCUUCUUGCUCGGUUGGGCUGUCACCACCGGUGCCGGUAUCGCUUCUUACCCUCUCGACACUGUCCGUCGUCGUAUGAUGAUGACCUCUGGUCAGGCCGUCAAGUACAAGUCUUCGUUCGAUGCUUUCCGUCAAAUCGUUGCUGCUGAGGGUACCAAGUCGCUCUUCAAGGGUGCCGGUGCCAACAUUCUUCGUGGUGUUGCAGGCGCUGGUGUGCUUUCCAUGUACGACCAGAUCCAGAUGCUCCUCCUCGGCAAGAAGUUCUAAGCAGAACUUUGAGCGUUUCUCCCCGGCAGUCAGCGGUCUUUUAUACGCUGAUUGCUGGGACCUGCGGGACCUACAUAGACAAAUCAUCUCGUUCAUUG